GAGUUCACGUAGGGAGGGGAGAUGGCGAGAAUGGAAGAUGCUGGAUGCUGUCAGUUCCUCUCUGAACUCGCGGACUAAAAUGUUCGAGGCGACGUUCCUGGAAGCUGGACAGCAGCAGCCGAGUAGCGGCAGGGGAGCUUCGUCUCAGCUCUACUGAUAUUCUGGCAUGGCUACAGCUGCGAGCGCGAACGCGCUCCAAUAAAAGGCCUCACUAUUGCAAACAUAAUUCCUAUUAUGAUGUUGGGGCGGAAGCAGAGUCUCAAGGGAGAGCCCGUCCUGGCCGAUUACGGUCCAGAGGAGUCUCUCAACGAGAAUGCUGACAUCGAGUGGGUCAACAAGCUAUGGGUCCGAAGGUUGAUGAGGUUCUGCGCCCUCGUCUCCCUGGCUUCCGUCUGUCUCAACACCCCCAAGACCUUCGAAAAGGUUCCACCACUUCAGUACGUCACAUUCAUUUGCGACCUGGUCGUCACCUUUUUGUUCACCGCCGAGAUGAUUGCCAAGAUGCACAUUCGCGGGAUACUGAAGAGGGAAAAGUCAUACCUGAAAGACCACUGGUGUCAAUUCGACGCGAGCAUGGUCUUAUUCCUCUGGCUUUCGGUGAUCCUGCAGAUGUUCGAAAUGCUGGGCUUUGUUUUGAAAUUCAGUUACACCUCUAUUUUUCGAGCACCUCGACCGCUCAUCAUGAUUCGCUUCCUGCGCGUCUUUCUCAAGUUCUCCAUGCCGAAGGCGCGAAUAAAUCAGAUUUUCAAACGCUCGAGCCAGCAAAUAUACAACGUGACGCUGUUCUUCUUGUUCUUCAUGUCACUUUACGGUCUACUAGGUGUCCAAUUCUUCGGUGAACUCACGAACCACUGCGUUCUCAACACGACAGAUCCACGUCACAUAACGAUCAACAGCCUAGCGAUACCCGAUACCUUCUGCUCGAGGGAUCCUGAGUCUGGCUACCAGUGUCCCGAGGGGAUGAAGUGUUUAAAACUCGAGUUGUCCAAGUACAUCAUGGGCUUCAACGGCUUCGACGAGUUCGCGACGAGUAUCUUCACGGUGUACCAGGCAGCCUCGCAGGAAGGCUGGGUUUUCAUAAUGUACCGCGCGAUCGACAGUUUGCCAGCUUGGCGUGCCAUCCUCUACUUCAGCACGAUGAUCUUCUUCCUGGCCUGGUUGGUGAAGAACGUCUUCAUCGCCGUCAUCACCGAGACCUUCAACGAGAUCCGCGUACAGUUCCAGCAGAUGUGGGGCGUUCGUGGUACCAUCCAGAACAGUUCGGCUUCUCAAAUGCUGACCGGCGAGGGUGAGACCGGCUGGAGACUGGUUACCCUCGACGAAAAUAAACACGGCGGCCUUGGUGGUUCGCCCAUGUGUCAGGCUAUUCUGAGAUCACCCCAGUUUCGUAUGGUCGUCAUGUGUGCCAUUCUCGCCAACGGCAUGACUACUGCCACCAUGAAUUUCAAGCACGACGAACGGCCAAGGCACACUUUCUACGACAAGUACUACUAUGCCGAGAUCGCCUUCACCAUCUUGCUGGAUUUAGAGGCUCUUUUCAAGAUCUGCUGUCUGGGCUUUCCAUCGUAUUACAAGCACUCGAUACACAAAUUUGAACUGCUUCUGGCGAUCGGCACCACGAUUCACAUAAUUCCAUUUUUCUAUCUGUCUGGAUUCACGUAUUUCCAGGUGUUACGCACUGUGAGGUUAAUCAAAGCCUCGCCAAUGCUGGAGGAUUUCGUCUACAAGAUCUUCGGACCUGGAAAAAAGCUCGGCAGCCUUAUUAUCUUCACCAUGUGCCUCCUGGUUAUAUCCUCCAGCAUCUCCAUGCAGCUCUUUUGUUUUCUCUGCGACUUUACCAAGUUCGAGACCUUUCCCGAGGCUUUCAUGUCUAUGUUUCAAAUCUUAACGCAAGAAGCCUGGGUCGAAGUAAUGGACGAGACCAUGGUCAGAACCCACGAGUCCAUUGCUCCGCUUGUCGCUGUUUACUUCAUACUUUACCAUCUCUUCGUCACACUGAUUGUGUUGAGUCUUUUCGUCGCCGUCAUUCUCGACAAUCUUGAGCUGGACGAGGACAUCAAGAAGCUGAAGCAGCUGAAAUUCCGCGAACAAAGCGCCGAGAUCAAGGAAACUUUGCCUUUUAGGCUCCGGAUUUUCGAAAAAUUUCCCGAUAGUCCUCAGAUGACCUGUCUACACAAAGUACCGUCGGACUUUAAUCUUCCUAAGGUUCGGGAGAGCUUCAUGAGACAAUUCGUUUACGAAGUGGAGGAUGACGAGAACGAGGGAAUUAAGAGAUUACACGAGACUUUCGAUUCGAAAAUGGUUUACCGAAAGCAACGACCUGUCCAAAUUCUAAAUAAGCCUCCGAAAGUCAGAACGGUUGAAACAAAUUUAAAAAAAGCUGCAGUCAGCUAUAUCAUCAACGACUCAAAUAAUCAAAGGUUGCUGCUAGGCGAUUCCGCAAUGAUACCAGUACCGGGCAAGGGAUUACUGAAACCGCAGGGAACAGUGGGCAGUACAAAACAACUGCGAAUAGAUCAGAAAAAGUCAAUUCGUAGAAGCGUACGAAGCGGCUCGAUCAAACUAAAGCAGACAUACGAACAUCUUAUGGAAAACGGGGACAUCGGAGCGAUGAACCGCGUAAGUUCGUCACGAAGUAGACCUCACGAUUUGGAUAUCAAGCUUCUUCAAGCCAAGAGACAACAGGCUGAAAUGCGAAGGAACCAACGAGAGGAGGAUUUACGGGAAAAUCAUCCGUUCUUCGACACUCCGCUGUUUGUAGUACCGCGAGAAAGCAAGUUUCGAAAAAUUUGUCAGCUGUUGGUUUAUGCUCGGUACGACGCCAGAUUGAAAGAUCCGUUGACUGGCAAGGAGAGGAAGGUUCAGUACAAGAGUUUGCACAAUUUCCUUGGACUAGUCACUUACUUAGACUGGGUGAUGAUACUGGCGACAACAUUCUCUUGCAUAUCCAUGAUGUUCGAGACUCCCAAGUAUAGGGUAAUGGAGGUACCGGCUCUCCAAAUAGCCGAGUAUGGUUUCGUUAUCUUCAUGAGCAUCGAGUUGGCCUUAAAGAUUCUGGCCGACGGUCUCUUCUUUACUCCAAAAGCGUAUAUUAAAGACGUUGCUUCGAUUCUCGAUGUCUUCAUCUACGUGGUGAGCCUGGUAUUCCUCUGCUGGAUGCCGCGAAGCGUUCCUCCGAACUCUGGAGCUCAACUGCUGAUGAUUCUGCGGUGCGUCCGCCCCUUGCGUAUCUUUACUCUGGUCCCUCACAUGCGUAAGGUCGUCUAUGAGCUGUGCAGAGGUUUCAAAGAGAUUCUUCUCGUAUCCAUCCUCUUGAUUCUUCUGAUGUUUGUGUUUGCACUUUACGGAGUCCAGCUGUACGGGGGUAGACUGGCCCGUUGCAACGAUCCGACAAUUCUCAAACGCGAGGAAUGUGUUGGUGUUUUCAUGCGUAGGGUCUUCGUCACCAAGAUGAAGCUUCAGCCAGGACAGAACGAGAGCUAUCCCUCUAUUCUUGUGCCUCGCGUAUGGGCAAAUCCCAGACGCUUCAAUUUUGAUAAUAUAGGUGACGCAAUAUUGGCGCUGUUUGAAGUUCUAUCUUUUAAGGGUUGGCUCGAUGUUAGAGAUGUGCUGAUUAAAGCUCUGGGACCUGUCCACGCGAUUUACAUCCACAUCUACAUUUUCCUUGGCUGCAUGAUUGGCUUGACACUGUUCGUCGGUGUGGUAAUUGCCAACUAUUCAGAGAACAAAGGCACGGCACUACUUACAGUCGACCAAAGAAGAUGGUGCGAUUUGAAAAAGAGAUUGAAAAUCGCUCAACCGUUGCAUCUACCGCCGAGACCCGAUGGAAAGAAAUUUCGCGCUUUCAUCUACGAUAUCACACAGAACAUUUAUUUCAAGCGUUUUAUUGCAGUGAUGGUUUUGAUUAACAGUUCUUUGCUGUGUGUUUCGUGGAGGAUCGAAGAGGAACAUACUCAGCCUCUCGCAACGGUAUCCACGAUUCUCACUUUGAUAUUUCUCGUUGAAGUCGUGAUGAAAAACAUCGCGUUCACUCCACGCGGUUACUGGCAGUCCAGGAGAAAUCGUUACGAUCUUCUAGUCACAGUCGUUGGAGUCGUAUGGAUCGUUAUUCAUGGAACUAUGAAGUUUUUGCAGAACGACCUUUCCUACGUUAUUGGUUUCAUGGUUGUUAUUCUGAGAUUCUUCACCAUCACGGGCAAGCACACCACCUUGAAAAUGUUAAUGUUGACGGUCGGCGUCUCCGUAUGCAAGAGUUUCUUCAUCAUAUUCGGAAUGUUCCUCCUUGUAUUCUUCUAUGCACUCGCCGGUACCAUAAUAUUCGGUACAGUAAAAUACGGCGAGGGAAUCGGAAGACGAGCUAACUUCGAAUCACCAGUGACCGGUGUGGCCAUGCUCUUUCGAAUUGUCACCGGCGAAGAUUGGAACAAAAUCAUGCACGAUUGCAUGGUUCAACCCCCUUAUUGUACCCCAGCUGCCAACUACUGGGAAACGGAUUGUGGAAAUUUUCAUGCAUCUUUGAUUUACUUUUGCACAUUCUACGUUAUAAUUACUUAUAUAGUUCUGAACCUUCUAGUGGCUAUUAUCAUGGAGAACUUUUCCCUCUUCUACUCCAACGAAGAGGACGCCUUAUUGUCUUACGCUGACAUUCGAAAUUUCCAAAAUACCUGGAAUGUGGUAGACAUUCAUCAGAGAGGAGUGAUUCCGGUACGGCGUGUUAAAUUCAUUUUGCGUUUACUGAAAGGGCGAUUGGAAACCGACCCCCAGAAGGAUAGGCUACUGUUCAAAUACAUGUGUUACGAACUGGAAAGGUUGCAUAACGGAGAAGAUGUUACUUUCCACGAUGUGAUUAACAUGCUAUCAUAUCGAUCAGUGGAUAUAAGAAAAGCUUUACAACUGGAAGAACUGCUAGCCCGAGAAGAAUUCGAAUACAUCAUCGAAGAGGAAGUUGCUAAACAGACUAUAAGAACGUGGCUGGAAGGUUGCUUGAAAAAAAUACGAGCCGUUGGCAAGCAUCAAAACAGCCUAAUAGCCGGAUUGAGAGCAACGAAUGACCUGACAGCGACAGCUGCCCAAGAGCAUGCGGAGGAGAAAAAAGAAAGCGCGGCAGCUGAACGCGAAGAGGAAGCAGAAUCAAAGGAUGCAGAAGGACUCCGGUACAGAGGCAAAAAAGCGGUGGGACUGCCUAGGUCCGACAGCAUCGGCAGUGGUUCUGGAAGAAAGUACUUGGCUCCGACUUUAUCCGACCCGGCAUCUGUGAAAUCCGAGAAAGAGAGAAUAGCGGCCUCGAAAAAGAGAAAUAGCAGGCCAACUCCUUCUGUUGCAAAAAAUAAUCUGCCACAUGUGACCGAAGGAAGUGAGCAGCCUCGACCCCCCAGAGAGUGCCUUAGCGCAAAAAUGUCACCUCCGAAGGUGAGCAGCGUCAUGGUCGAGGUACGCGACUGGUGGCGAGAGCAACUAGCCUACAGCAGUGACUCAAGUGAUGAUAAUUGUUAAAAAAAAAUGAAAACUCCAAAAGUCAUAUGUCAAACGAAUGCACACGCACACAGACUCUGACAGGUAUCUAAUAACUCUUGCCCGUCAAACGCACGCAAGUAUUUUAGAAAUUAUCGUGCAUCAUCGUACAUGCUCAUAUUGCUUAGAGAAAAUUCCAACCUACUGUGGAUAUGCCUACAAAAACCCUUAGAUUUAAAUUUCAUAUAUUUUUAUAAAUAAAUCAUUUAUAGCAUAUGAUAGUGUAUGAUGAUGCACACGAGGCAAUAUUUACCAAACGGAGCCCAAAUGACUGACCAAAUAAUCAUUGAAAAAUUCGAUUUCGCGAAUAGAGAGAUUCACGUUAUAAUUUGAUAUUAUUCCUUCAUUUCUGAGUAAUAUUUGCACGAGUUUAGCCGUCCUGUACACGUAUAUUAUAAUGAUAGCUAAACUUUAUUUUUAAAUUUGUCUUUUUCGUUAGCUGGCUAUAUGUAUACUAUGAUUGUUAUUAUUUUUUGAUAAAUUAUAAAGCCUUAUUGAGAUGAAGAUUUAAAAAAGAAAGUUGAAUAAAGCGUGAUCGGUGCGCUUCUUUGACGGUCUAAGUAUGAGCCAAAAAAUAUAAUAUAUCUUAUAAGGUAUAAUAUUUGGACUCUCGUAUGUUAAUUUUAUAUGGAAAUUCUAAACUUAGAAAGUGCAGAAUCAUAAGCUUGUUUAAUGCAUAGUUAAAGUUUAACUGUGACUUGAAAGCAUGUAACAGUGAAUCGUAGUUGAUAUUAAGCUACAAUUAUAAUACAUGUGUAUACAGGUAUACAUGAAGACUAUUGAAAAUUGAUCAUGUAGAAAUUUUAUCGUAAGGAUAUUUGUUAUUGCGACGUAUGUUGAUCAUCGUUAAAUAAAUACUGAAGUAAUGUAUAAAAAUAAUUAUGUUAGAGCUAAUAAACAUAGCUAUACCAUUAGAA